GUAACGGAGAACAUACGAGGAACUGUCGGUUUGUGAACAGGAACAGCCCGGUUGUGGUGAAGUGACUCUUAUUCACGAGCAGUCAGCAGAGUGAAUCAAACAGCAGCUGCCUCCGUCUGUACUGGAAGCUGGCGUUUAUGCCGCAGAGGAAACAGACAUCGCAUUGCUGAAGACACUAGAUUUCUUGGAGAUGGAUAUGAAGACGGUGCUUCUCUUGGUGGCAGGGAUGUUAGACUCUGCAGCCUGUAAUCCCAAACACAGCCUGGUCACUGAUAUGUUUCGCAACUACGACAAACGUGUUGAACCUUUCGGGCCUAACGAGACACUGAACGUGUGGAUGGACGUUACCCUGGUCGAGGUCUCCGACAUCGACGAGAGAAAGCAAGUGAUGACGACAAAUUGCUGGAUAACUUUGAAAUGGAGGGAUGCAUCAUUGGCAUGGCAACAGGAAGAACGUGAUAACGUGACCGACCUACGGAUCCCAUCCGAUGCCAUAUGGACGCCUGACAUUCGAAUACCUAACUCAGUGGAAGUAAACAACCAACUGUCGCAUAGCGAGUACCACAACGCAGUAGUACAGUCAAGUGGAGAAGUAUUACUGGUUUAUCAGGUCAUCUUAAAAACGUUGUGUACAAUUGACGUUGCAUACUUCCCCAUGGAUCAACAAUACUGUCAGAUGGUGUUCCUGUCGUGGACAUCCAAUGGUGAUCAACUAAAUCUCACAAAUGGUGAAAGUGGAGACGUAGGUUUAUAUGAAUACAUUGGCAGUGCGGAAUGGGACAUGGUCUCCUUCAAGAAAAGUCGACAGGUCUCAUAUUACUCAUGUUGCCCCGAGCCCUACCUCGCAUUGAUGUACCGAGUGGUCGUGAGACGGAGGCCCUUGUUCUUCCUAGUUAAUCUAAUGAUGCCCUGUCUAGUCAUCACGUUGGUUGCUCUGCUGGGACUUCUGGUGCCGAAUGAAUCUGGAGAGAAAAUCUCCAUAGGAAUCACGUCUCUCCUGGCAAUGAUAGCAUUGUUGCUUGUUAUCUCGACGAUAUUGCCACCGACGUCUUUAGCGAUUCCUCUUAUUGGUAAGUACUACGCUGUCAGUAUCCUCAUUGUGUCGCUGAGUACAGGCCUGGCCGUGCUCACUCUCAAUAUUCAUCAUCGAGGACCGAGAGGACACAAACUGCCAAGGCUUGUGAAAACUGUGUGCUUCAGUUUUCUUGCCAGGAUCCUGUUCAUCAAAAUAGACGUGCCAGAGUCUGACGACCAGGAAAUGGCACGAAAUGCCGCUUAUGACGAGGCCAACCAUGCAGACAUACCAGCACCCACCCUGAGCCUGGCGGAGGGACAGCAGGCUGGCGGGACUAACGUGGUGGAUGUUCUCAACCGGCUACUCCACACAGUAGAGCAGGCCAUAGGGCUGCAGAAGAGGAGGGUCGCCAAACAAGACAGCCUUGACCAGAUUACAUAUGAAUGGAAGCAGCUGGCCAUUGUUCUCGCACGCGCUCUGACAAUCAUAUUUCUCUUCGUCACUGUUUUCACGACGGUUGCAAUGUUCUCCUAGACUCUAGACGUGGGUGGAACCUGGUGGUAAAGUGUUCGCUUGUCAGACAGCAGACCUGGCUUCUAUUCCCCGUAUAGGUACGACGCUUAUUUUGUCCAGUGAUUAUAUCACUUUGUGUUGUGUGUGUGGAGUACUUGGUGUUCCAUGUUGCUGGUAUGUUGCUGAAAGAGGCGUACAACACCAAUGACCCUAGCAACCAUUAGGCUUGCAUG